AUGGGGUAUGGUGGUGAUCAGGACGCUGGUAUGAGGUAUGGCGGUGAUCAGGACGUUAGCAUGAGGUAUGGCAGUGAUCAGGACGCUGGUAUGGGGUAUGGCAGUGAUCAGGACGCUGGUAUGGGGUAUGGCGGUGAUCAGGACGCUGGUAUGAGGUAUGGCGGUGAUCAGGACGUUAUCAUGAGGUAUGGCAGUGAUCAGGACGCUGGUAUGGGGUAUGGCAGUGAUCAGGACGCUGGUAUGGGGUAUGGCGGUGAUCAGGACGCUGGUAUGGGGUAUGGUGGUGAUCAGGACGUUAGCAUGGGGUAUGGCGGUGAUCAGGACACUGGUAUGGGGUAUGGCAGUGAUCAGGACGCUGGUAUGGGGUAUGGCGGUGAUCAGGACGCUGGUAUGGGGUAUGGCGGUGAUCAGGAUGCUGGUAUGGUGUAUGGCGGUGAUCAGGACGUUAGCAUGAGGUAUGGCGGUGAUCACGAUGCUGGUAUGGGGUAUGACGGUGAUCAGGAUGCUGGUAUGGGGUAUGGCGGUGAUCAGGCUGUUAGCAUGAGGUAUGGCGGUGAUCAGGACGCUGGUAUGGGGUAUGGCGGUGAUCAGGAUGUUAGCAUGAGGUAUGGCGGUGAUCAGGAUGCUGGUAUGGGGUAUGGUGGUGAUCAGAAUGUUAGCAUGAGGUAUGGUGGUGAU